CAGCGAUUCUCAUGGCGAGGAGCUGUAACCAAGCACCUGUAUGUUUAGUGGCUCGGCGAUUUGAUGGCGGCCUGCUAUCAGGUUAGAGACGUCGCCGCGCUCCCUGAGGCCGGAGGGGGAACCGCUAUUCUCGGUCACGUAGUAUAGACAAUUCAAAUCGUGCAUUUUCCGCAAUUUCCGCAAUUCCCGCGAUUCCCGCGAUACCGAAAGUCCUUGGUGCACUCUGAUCUGACCCUGCGCUGACUUCUCGUAUCCUUGGCGGUAAAAGCUCUCGCACCCGUACGAAACGUCCCAUCAUGUAGCCGCGAUCAUACAGCCGCGAACGCCGAAAUUGGUGUAGCUGGAUUCGUUAGAAUUCUAAAGCAAGCAGCUACUGGCUGCAGUACAGCGUUACAACGCCUCCCAUGUAGCGUCGAUCGUACCGCUGCGAACGCCACUGGAUUCUCUGCCGACCCCUGGGGUCUCCGCGAUGCGCUUUCCCAGCUCGCGCCACCGCGCCGCUGGCGGCCCCCAUCGGCUGCAUCGUAAUGCGCGCCUCGGCGUGCAGUGCUCGCGGCUGCUGCUGGCCUGCGCGGGGAUCAUUGUGCCGCUGGUUGUCUCCUACUCCGCAUUUAACUCAUCGAGUACUAGUCGGAGCAGCAGCUCCAAGGAGAACGAGGAAGAUAAGCAACCACUUGACAGAAGGUUUGUUUCGAGACGUGUCAAAACAAUUCUUCUAACACGUUGCACUCCAUUGCUUUCUGCGCUGCCGUCCCUGCAGCAACCACUUGACAGAAGGUUUGUUUCGAGACGUGUCAAAACAAUUCUUCUAACACGUUGCACUCCAUUGCUUUCUGCGCUGCCGUCCCUGCAGCAACCACUUGACAGAAGGUUUGUUUCGAGACGUGUCAAAACAAUUCUUCUAACACGCUGCACUCCAUUGCUUUCUGCGCUGCCGUCCCCGCGGCAUCCACCAGCGGCGGUGCGCCUGGCGGGUUCGCCACGUGCCGUUGAGCCCAUCAUGUGCCAUCUGAAUUCCGACCGCCUUUCCCCUCUUCCCUCCCAGCCGCCGCUCUCCUCCCCCACCCCCAUGGCGGUGUGCAUGGUGGGGUCGGCGCGUGCCUGUGUGCGCGCAUCAUGUGCCAUCUGAAUCCCUACCAUCUUUCCUCCCCUCCCUCCCUGCAGCCCCCACCCCCCGCCCCCAUUGCGGUGUGCCUGGUGGGGUCGGCGCGUGCCUUUGAGGCCACGGGGCCCUCGCUGCUGCGCCACCUGCUGCUGCCCGCCCAUCCCUCGUACCUUUCCAAUGGCUCCUCCCACCCCUCGCACCCCUCCCACCCCUCACACCUCCCCCACCGCCCCGCGCACCUCUUCCUGCACGCGCCCUUGGAUGAGACGGCUGCCAAGCUUGGCUUCUUGGGGGGCAUUGCGGGAGAGCAGGGGGAGGAUUCCACUGGCGUGACUAUAGCGAGUGUGAGGAUUUUCUCCAAUAGUGAUUUGGACGAGACGGCGAAUCGGAGGAGGGCGCUCAACUGGCAGUCGUCGCCAAAUGGAUUGCAGGGCCUUCUACAGUACUUCCGCCUGGUGGAGGGCUGCUGGGACAUGAUCCAAUCGUUGGAAGCCACAUCAGCACGCGAAGCCACGUCAGCAGAACCCGCCCUGCGCUACCCCUGGAUCGUGCGAGCGCGCCUCGACUCCCUCUGGAACGCCCCCGCCCCGACCCUCCCCCCGCCCGCCCUGCCCCUGCCCCUCCCCCCCAUGGCCGCCAAAGCAGGAGCCAAAUCAGCUACUGAUUUGAGAGGUGGUGGCAGUGGGGCAGUUGGGCGAGUGGGGUAUGAGAUGCCUCAAGACACUCCUCUGACCUACACUAUCCCGUCCGGGUCGGACUGGUGGGGGCUGAACGACCGGUUUGGCGCCGGAGGGAGGGAGGCCAGUGCAGUGGCGCUUAGGAGGCUCAGUGCGCUGGACGAGAUGGUGGCUGCUGGGUACAGCCAGCUCUACUCCGAGCAGGCGUUCAAGGCACAGCUAGACAUGAAGGGCGUGAGAGUGGAGCGGCAGAACGUGUCCUUCUGCAUCCUCACGCGCCGGCUGUACCCUUUAGAGGGCGACUCGUGUCCCGUUAAGAUCCUCAGCGCUGCUGCUAAGGUGCCUUUGAACGGAGCCAAGUGUCGCAUGUGCACUCCCUGCAAGGCAGGGGAGGAGGCUGAAAAGGCUCUGGCUACCAUCCCCCGUGCUGCCCCCAACUGGCCGGGGCCGUUCACACAGGGGAUCGACAUCUGCUCCAUCCACCAACCGUGGGAGGACACGUGGCAGCAGCAGUUUGAUGAUGCUAUGGGCGCUGAGCUGGCACGGCAGCGCCACGCUAUCGUCCGCAUGGCUGCUGACGUGGCGCUCUGCAUGCGGUCUUUCGAGCGGCUCCGUGCCCUCUCUGCUGUGUGGACCGCCCCCUCCCCCUUGGGCAUCUGUGUGCGGGGGCAGCUGGGGGAGGCGAAGCUUCUGGGAAGCGCACCACGGCAGUUCAGUACCUUUACACGCCUGCUCUCUGCCUCCAGCGUUGUUUUAUCCAUGUCCGAUCGUUUCGAAUGGGAAGCAACCGGCACGCCCACUGCAGUCGAUGACAGCACCACGACCACCACAAACGACUAUGGCAUCAGCGCAAGCAGCGGCGACAGCAGCAGCAGCAGCAGCAGCAGCAGCAGCAGCAGCAUGAGCAGAAUGGAGAGGACUGGUGCAAGGAACGGCAGUGACGGGGUGAGCAGCACGAGCAUUAGGAAGCGCGGCGGCAAAAACCACCACAAUCACAGGAGUAACAGCAGCAGCAGCGAGAGCAGUAGCGGCAAGUGGUGGACGAGUAGCAGCAGGAGCAGGAGUAUCAGGAAUAGCAGGAGGAUGAAGAGGAGUGGAAGUGCUGGUGCUGGUGCUGGUGGUGCUGGUGGUGGCGAUGGUGGGCGCAGCAAGUUCAACAGCAGCUUGAGGAGAGCAAGCAGCAGAAGCAGCGGGAGGGGCAAACGGGUGCUGCGGAGACUGCUCCAUGAGGCUGACACAGAGGUGACUCUUAAGUCGACUCAAGAGUCGGCCUUGACGCAACUGCUCGGUGCGGCUGGCACAAAGGAGGCAGGAGAGGGAAGUGAGAGCUGGAGGAAAGGUAGCACGGGGAAAGGUGGCCGAAGCAACAUUGAAACAGCGGAAUCCCCUCUCCCUCUGCUCCCUGGCAGCUGGGAAGAGGCUCUUUCCGCUCUCUUCCCCUCCAUCACCAUUCUUUAUCGCCCCACCUCCUGGCUGCAGCAGUCACAGCAGGCAUAUGCCAGCAUCGCCAGGAGCAUGGGAGGAGACAGCGUUAGGGAGGGUGACAUGGAGGCAGGGGGGGGCGGAGAGAUGUGGGACGGGGGAAAGGAGAAGGGGGAUGUUCUCGCACGGCAUGUUGAUGUGAUUAAGGUGGAUGCAGAGCACCUGGGCCCUGCUGCCAUCGCAUCCUGGGCUGCAGCUUUGCAUGAUGCGUCCUCCGCAGUAGCAACGGCUGCAGGGAAAGGAUCUUCAACAUCAUCAACAUCAUCGUCAGCAGCAGCAUCGCCCGCACCCCUCCCUCUCUCCAUCUGUCAGCUGCUGGUGUCUUUCCCCGUUAGUGAGGCAGCCACGGCAGAGAGGAAAGGAGUGGAUGAGCAGAUAGAGCGAGCGGGGUUUCAGCUGGCGUCGUGCGUUGGCUCUGUGCCUGACUGGGACCGACAGUGCUGCUCCUACUUCCAUGUGCGCAACUGUGUUGGUUAACCACCUUGCCACGACAAGAACCAUCGCCUGCACUCCUCCCCCUCUCAGUGUGGCAGCUGCUGGUGUCUUUGCCCGUGGGCAGGCAGCCACUGACAAGAGAAUGGGCGUGGAUGAGGGGUUUCAGCUGGCCUCAUGCGUUGUCUCUAGUCUUGAUUGGCACCGACAGUGCUGCUCCUACUUUCAUGUGCGUAACUGUGUUGGCUUGGCUGACAUUGUUGCUGGUGUCUUGCGUUGUGGGUGAAGCAGCCACUGCGGAGAGAAUGGGUGUGGAUGAGCCGGUGGAGCGAGCGGGGUUUCAGUUGGCCUCGUGUGUUGGCUCUGUGCCCUAUUGGGACCAGCAGUGCUACUCCUACUUCCGUGUAAAGUGCAUUGGCUGAUACCGUAAUCACCCGGAUAGACACCCCUAGGGGCGUUUACUAGACUGGUUUGAAAACGUGGGGGGGCGUUUGAUUGAAUAAUAAAUAUAAUCCCAUGCGCGUUUAAAAAGGAUUAUAUGCAGAUAAAAAGUUUGACAUCGACGUGUAGCUCCUGGUUU